AUGGGCCCUCACUGUGAUAAAGUCCCUAAGACUCAAGUUCGUCCCUUGAAUGAUAAGGCCAUAUUGAAUAGCCCAGUGCUAAAACUUAAAGGGAGGCAUGAAUACAAUGCACAAGUGAAUAUAGUUUACAAGAAUACAAUGUAUAAGAUGAGCACAGUUUGCAAGAAUGACAGUUUGCAAGACAAGAAAGCUUGCCAACAUGCAUUGAAAAACCCAUAUGAAACAAGAACAAAUGAUGAAAAUAAUGAAGGGCAAAAAGCCCCUAGCGAUGAUGAUGAAGAUAGUGACAGUGAGAAUGAUAAUAGUGGUGACAGCAACAGUGAUAACAGUGGAGACAGUGGGGACAAUAACAAUAAUGAUAAUGAUAGUGAAAAGAGCAGUAGUGAAGACUAUGAUAGCCAAGAUAGUGGCAAUGAUAGGGAAGAACCCCCUAGUAAUAGAGAGGAAGAAGAUGUGGGAUCUUUCUAUGAAGACCAUUUUGAUGAUGAUGUAGACUACUACGAUGGAGACAUAGAGGAUGAUGCAGAGGCUAAGGGUGGAGACAUAGAGGAUGUUGUAGAAGCUGAGGAUGAAGAAGUAAAGGAUGAUGUAGAAGACUAUGAUGAAUACCUCUACGGGCGACCUUUGGAUUGGAGUUGCAUUAACGAUGUUAGUUCAAAAUUAGGCCCCCAAUAUGACAAGCCUGGUGGAGAGAUUCUUGAGUUAAGCUCAUUCCAUAAUUUAGAACUUGAUUCAUUAACCCCAUACACCGAGGAAGAAGAUGACAUAGAUGCUAGACUGGCAACACUGGAUAGAAAGCUAAUGAUCCACAGCUUUAGAAACUUAACUCUGCAGGAUCUUGAGGAUGAAGAUGAAAGAAUGGAAGGGAACAAAUUAGAAUACUUCCCCCAAUACAUCUGCCCAAGCAACAAAGGGAAGCAAGAUCUAUUUAGGGAAUGGAUGGUCAGCAUAGAGCGCCUAGAUGCCUAUUUUUCUAACAAGCUUGCAAAUAUGGAAGUUGAUGGUAAAAGCAUUGUUCAUAUGGAUGAAGGCCCCACAGUACUAAUGCUAAAAGAAGAAGGAACCUACUGGGAGCCAGCUACCAUUGUCAAAGCCACGACUGAGUUGAAGAACUGGGCAUGGGAGGGUGUUGCCCACCCCAUGGAAGACUCUUUGGAGAAGAUCAAGACCAUCGAGCCAUUCACUCCUGCCAAAAACAUUAUCUCUAUCCUUAUUUAG